UAGACGUGCACGAGCCCUGAUGAAGUAGUAAACCUGUAAAUGUACUGCGCAGGAGCUGUUGAAGCUGAAAUGAUAUUUAGUUUGCUUCGCCAUCUGCCUACACGCUCCAUAGAUCACCGCCACAUGUUAUAGCAGAUGCAAGAGAGCAAUAAAGACGUCCUCAUGAGCUCUGACGCGGCGGCGCACACGCCGGCAGUUGCUGCGGCUCCCGCCACUGGCGCCUCUGGGGAUGCCGACCGUACCCAGUCCGGCGCCGGCGCAGGGCCCAGCGGAGCAGGGCGAGCGAGUUCACAGGACACCACAGCAGCUGCUGGUGCGGGGCAACAGCGGCGGGGCCAGCGGAUAGGACGAGCGCGUGGGACACCAGCAGCAGUAGCAUCAGCAUCAACAGCAGCACCUGCAGGCCGGGUUGGGCGAGCUAACCGAGUCGACCCAGAUGAAGACAUGGGCGGCGGCGACGCCGACUCAGACGGUGACGAUGACAGUGGCGGCGGCGACGAUGACUCCGUUGUGAGCGGAGGCCCGCCGCAGGAGCCGGAUCCGCUGUACGACGAGGACGCGGACGACGCGGACGCGGCAUGGGCGGAGCGGCAGCGCGGCGGCCGCGUGUCGGACGCGGUGCUGUCCUGUCCGGGCUGCUUCACCAUGCUGUGCCUGGACUGCCAGAAGCACGACAAGUACCACAACCAGUACCGCGCCAUGUUCGUGGUGAACUGCCAGGUGGACGAGGACGACGAGGAUGGCGGCGGCGGCGGCGGCUUUGACCCCGCGGCGGCGGCGGCUCGCGGCGGCGCGGACGGCGGGCCGGGCCGCGGCGGGCGGCGCCCCAAGCGCGCCAAGGCCUCAGCCGCAUACCGGCGCGUCCGCUGCGGCGUGUGCGGCACGGAGGUGGGAGCGCUGGAGGUCGAGGAGGAGUUGUACCACUUCUACCACGUCUUCCCCAGCAAUGCUUGAGCCUUUGGAGCCGUGGUGACCGGUGAUGGAUUGCAGGUAGUGGGCGGCUCGUGGGUUCUCUUUGCAGGGGUGAUAAGCCUGGAGGUGAAGAUGCGGGGGGGGGGGCGGGAUGGCGGACUGCUGACUGGCUCGGCUGUGCCACGUAGGAGUAGUCAGGCGUGGUCAGCACUCAGCAGUAGUCUGGGAGGCGGUGGAGCGGAAUGGCACUAGGCAGUCGAGCAGGCUUGUCCCGGUCCUUCGGGUCUCCGGGCGACAGCCCUGGCUUUGUCAGUUUUGAUGCGGAAGCCCCCAUCUGCAGCAAUGUGGCCGGCUGUUUUAGGUCGGACGCAUCACAGGAGCCAGGUAGCCAGGCUGCCAGGUGUCGCAAAAGGCACAACCUGGGCAAGCCGCGCUUCGGGCGAUUUGUACAUGCCGCCUAUGUGCGAUCAAUAGGCUUUACCAAACAUGUGGCACUCGCGGUUGACAUGUGGCACGCUCGGUUGGCUGGCCCCCCAAAGGGGGGCGACAGCCAUAGUCCUCGGCCAGAACCUUACAUUUGGGUUGUUCACGUUUCCAGGUUGUGUAAGAGCAUUUUGCG